AUGCUGGUAUUUGAUUAUCAAUUGAAAUUAUUGAUCCUUGCAGUUGUCAGACUUAUUCCAAUAAAGUCACCAUUUUGUAUGUUUGCAGAUAGCUUGAUGCCAGAAAUUGUAAGAGAGCUGGUUGAAGAAAUGUCUCAAGCUUGAGAUGAAGAGUUUGUAUUUGCAGGUUUACAAGAUUCUGUUGAGCAUUUUGAUUGUUAG